AUGGGGAAAAACACCCCACAAAUUUACAAGAAGCAGAAACAUGACACAGCUGAUGAGCACAUCAUUGACGUCAUUGUCAAGGAGGCGGAGUUACCAUCAGAACUGAACAAUGAAGGAUACUGUGAUUUUAACAGUAGGCCAAACGAGAACUCUUACUGCUAUCAGCUCCUGCAAGAGCUCAACGAGCAGAGGAAGAAAGGCAUUCUUUGUGAUGUUAAUAUUGUGGUGAGUGGGAGGGUCUUCAGAGCUCACAAGAACAUCCUGGUUGCAGGCAGCCGCUUCUUUAAGACUCUGUAUUGCUUUACAAACAAAGAAAGCCGGAACCAAACCACUGUUACCUAUUUAGACGUUGUUGCUGUUCAAGGUUUUUCUGUCAUCUUGGACUUCUUAUAUUCUGGUAACCUCGUGCUUACGAGCCAAAAUGCCAUUGAAGUGAUGUCGGUGGCCAGCUACCUUCAGAUGACGGAGGUUGUCCAGUCCUGCCGCAACUUCAUUAAAGAUGCCUUAAACAUAAGUAUAAAAUCAGAAGCUCCAGAGACCGUUGUAGUGGAUUACAACAGAAGAUCUGUUAGUAGGGAUGGUUUGUCUCCAAGGGAUCAGAAAGUUGCCAGCUUCUGGGCAACACGAAACCUUACCAACUUGGCAAGUAGCAUAAAAACUGAGAACGAUCCCUACCCAAUUGAUGAGGGCCAAAUGGAAAGCUACCAAAUGAAUGACUGCAGUUGGGUCCAGGACAGCUCACCUGAAAUGGCUGAAAACGAAUCUCAAGGUGAGGGAAAAGUUUUUGUGUGGAAUGACAUGGGUGCACAGGGACAAUCAGUUCAAGAACCUGGAAAAGCAAGAAGGAAAAACCAAACUGCAAAGAGAUUUAUUUAUAAUAUACCACCUAAUACUGAAGAGAACUCAGAAGAUUGCUCAGCGUUGCAACCGUCAGUCCCAUAUCCAGAAGAAGAUCUGUCAUUUAUUAAAGAAGAAGCAGCAACCUCAAGUGACUUCAAGUACGGUCUGCUGCCGGGUACCUCAAGUGACUUCAAGUAUGGUCUGCUGCCGGGUACUUCCAGUGACUUCAAGUACGGACUGCUGCCGGGUACUUCUGGUGACUUCAAGUAUGGACUGCUGCCAGAAUCUUGGCCAAAAGAAGCUUGGGAAAAUGGCGAUUCCUCUGCUUUAAUCAUGAACAAGUUGAAGUGUCCACACUGUAAUUAUGUAGCCAAAUACAGAAGAACACUAAAGAGACACUUGCUCAUUCACACAGGCGUGAGAUCUUUCAGUUGUGACAUCUGUGGGAAACUGUUUACACGAAGAGAGCAUGUAAAGAGACAUUCCUUGGUGCAUAAAAAGGAUAAAAAGUAUAAGUGUAUGGUGUGUAAGAAGAUUUUCAUGCUAGCAGCCAGUGUUGGAAUAAGACAUGGAUCACGACGUUAUGGAGUUUGUGUAGACUGUGCAGAUAAAUCUCAACCUGGAGGGCAAGAAGGAGCAGACCAGGUGCAGGACACAGAUUUCCCUAGGGAUGAAGAAUAUGAGGAAAAUGAAGUGGGAGAAGGUGAUGAGGAGCUUGGUGAUGAUGUAGAAGAACAGAAUGACCAGUCCCGAUGGGAUGAAGCUGGGGAAGUUUGUAUGCCUUUAGAUGACUGACAGAGCAUAUGACUUCAGGGUGCUGCAAAUGGACACUGUAUGGAUUGACUAUUUGACUAUAUGAAUUUUGGGACUGAAGGCUUGCGAAAUAUGGUACAGGCUGGAUGGUAGUUACAUUGCUGUGAAAAAUGUAGGGUCAAAGCCUUAUAGCAAAAAAAGGAUUAUUAAUUUUUUUAUGAUAUUUGCACAGGACUGUACAGCAUACAACCAUUUGGUUGAAUUAUACAGAGUCCUCACAUCUACAGUCAGUUAUCAAAAGAAAAAUGUAUUUUUUAUUAUUUAUAGGCUAUAGCUACUUGGGUCCUAUUCAGACAUAGUAGUAACUGUAAUUAUGUUACACAUUCAUGUAUCUGUUAACAUGAAUGAAGAAAAUUACAACUUUGUAUGGAAAUACAAAGACAGCUUUCCCAAAUCCACUUCUACUAUGGUCAGUGAGUCAGCGAAGGUAAUUUGGGGUAGUGGCUCAUUUUCCACAAGCAUGUCUUUGCCAUACAAAUUUUAUCCCUUCCAUAACCUGAGAGGUGAAAGCCAAUCAUUUAAAUAUGCGUCACAGAUAUUGCCAAAACUAUACUGAAAUUUGGUUUGAAAACUUUUGGCUCUGUGCUGGCAGGUGGUAUGGGUGAUAAGCACUGGAGAAGUUGUUAAUGGCAUUAAUUUAGCAUCUGUUUUUAAAGAAGGUUGUUGAUUCACCAGUUUCAAAAUGAUAAUGCAGAAGAAAUGACCAAUAAUGAAAAUAAUAGACUGGUCAGAGGAUGGGUAAUUCUUGUGCCACUUGUAGUCAAAAGAAACAGUCAUGCUAAAAGGUAUCUGAUGUAAUAAUGUUUCUUCCCACUAAGGUGCCCCUUCUCAAACUUUUUGAUUCCCCUGGUGUAUACCUCAGUCCCACAAAAUAAAAAUACAAGGAAUGGAGAAAGUGUCAUAUUAAACAACUCUUUGGUCAAUAAUUUCUCACUUGUCCGCUUUUUGGCUAGUUUGUGAUGUGAAUUGAACACUAGGCUAUUUUACCCAUCGUUCAUCAUUAAAAUGAACACAAACUAUUUUUUAUUCUUUUGUACUUAAUGGGUUGUUGCUAGUAUUUAAUAUAAACCAAUUACAUUUAAUUUGCUCAUUUGCUGGAAUUAUUUCUUUUAAGAAAAGCAAAAAGUCCAAAGCAAAAUAAUACUCUUUGAGUUGUCCACUUUUCAGGAGGAUAUGCUCCCUAUGCUCUUUGCUUCAGAUUUUCUAGGAGGCAUUGAAACUUGAAUUUUUGUAGCCAUGUAGACUUUUUUUCCCCUAAGCUUGUAAUAUUGUACCAAUGAUUUCAGGCCCCUUUUAUAGGGAGGGGAGGGCAUUACACCUUCACCUUAAACUCCUCUGUGUUGUCUAGCCUAAGGCAAACAAAUUCAGGCAAUCAUUGGAACAAUACAUCUGGUGUACUAUUAUGUCACAAUGAGUAAAUAUGCAGAGCAUUUAUCAUGACACAUAGCUAGGCCAGUGUGACAGUACUGUAUAAAAACCAAUUGAGGGUCACCAUAUUUUUCAACUUUGUUUAUUUUAAAAUGAGUAUAUUUUUUUCCUAUUUUAUAUCAGGUAACUAAAUUAUGGUAGUUGUGUGGAUAACUUUGAAUUAUGCUUUGACAGACAAAAUCUUACUGGUGCUCCAUCUGAUCAAAGUCGGUAUGUAUUUAAAGAGACAAGCUUUACUGUUGUCCAUAGAACAGUAACAUAAUGUUAAGACAUUGUUUUUGCUGAUUGAAGCUAAGUUUGAACUACAGUUAUAUGGGAAUUAAAAUGCUUUUUUUUAUCAUCCACUUGUUUCAUUGGUAGCUUCCACAUCAUUGUAAACCUGACGUGAUUAGUUUUUUUGGGGAGGGUGGGAAGGGUGGGGUGCCUUUUUUACACUGAAGAAUACAUUUUAUUCUCAUUGUUCUAGACUGAAAUGAGUAAUGUGUAAUCCUGGUGGGGUCCAAAGUAGAAAUUAGUUGGGCAAAAAUGAUAUGAAUUAAAAAGUAUUUUAAACGUUAAAGUAAUGUUCUGCUUUGUGAAUAUGUAAGUAUAGCAUAAAGAUUUUUCCAUCCCGUUUAUCCCUUUUAAAACCAUAGUUUACAAUUGGUAGAUCUGUCUAUAUAUAAGUAUAUAUAUAUAUCUGAAAUUCACCUAAAUCUGCUUUAUUAGGAUACUGCUCACUUAAUACUUAGAAACUGGACCUGGCUCUACAUUCUUAAUGUAUUUUCCUUUUUUUUUUUUUUGUUUUGUUUUGUUUUUGUUUUGUUGAGUUUUUUCCUCAAGUAUGAACUUAUUCUCUUGGAAUUGAAUCUUCUUUUACUACUUAAAUCAUUUAUGUAUAUCUGGUAAAUUAUGACCAAAUUUGUUGUUAGACUGCAUACAGUAAAUUGAAAUAUACACUUGGUACACUACAGAAUUGUUGUGCUUUUGUUCCGAUUAUAUUUGAAAAAACAGGCUUUAAUAGACAUUUGGUAUUUAUAAAUAUUCAGUUAUUAUUCACUGGCCUUAAUAUUCUGUUGCAUUGUGACAAUCAUGUCCUUGGUAACACUUAACUGCUUGCUUUUAAAAGUUGCAUGUAAUUGCCCAUGGUAGGAUUGGAGGGAGAGGGAUGACUGUCUUUAGCGAAUGAUGUGAAAUACUUUAAUGGAGAUCCACUGUUCUUGUGUUGUAGAACUGAAAGAAUUUCCAUUUCCAAUGGAUUUUUUGAAUUUUUUAUUCAGAAGUCAUUUAAAAUACAUUAAUUUGAUUGGGUAGUUCUAAAUAAUAUAAAUGUAAAUUUCUGAAGAAUUAACUUUUGAGGGACAGCUCAAGUUUCUUUACUAUUAUAAGAAGUAGAAAGAUUUCUGUUUGUGCUAGAAAUUGUUUCCCUCAAGAAAUGCUGGAGUUAUGCUGUAGUAACACCGCAGUGGAUUUUAAUUUGUUUUGAAAUUUGUUUUCCUUUUUAAAAGAAGAAAGACUAAUGCCCUUAAACUGUCUUCAUUAUCAAAUGAAAAGAUACCCAGUCUUUCAUUUUGUCUUCUGAAAUCCUUCUCAAAUCACGUUUGAGACUUGCUUAUUUGGGGCAAUGCCACACGAGUAGUUUUAUGAAAAGAAUCAUGUAUGUUUUUAAACAAACACAAAGUUCUGAUGUUGGGACUCCCCCUUCUUCUAUGGGUUUUUGUUUGCUUUCUGAUCUCUUCAAGUAAUGGUGGGUAUCUUUUAGAAAGAAACAUACAGAGCACUUUGUGGCAAGGCACUGUGAUGCAGGACAAAAUCAAAUCAUUAAGUAAAUUCACUUAAGAUUCAGAAGUACAACUCUUGGUCAAAGUAGGUGUGAUGUAAGGAAGACACACAAUGUAAGAUGUGUUUCUCCUAUGCCAAUGUUACUACAGUAUGUUAACAUUUUUUAAUUGUAAUGACAAAUGCAUUUUGCAGGAAAAGUGGCACUUUUUCCAAUUACUUAGAAACUUUUUGUAGUUCUGUUUGCAAACAAAUCCUCUAGUAAAAUAACUUUCUGAAGUGAAACCAGUUUUGAAAACCAGAAGUGGUAUUUAGUUGUUAACAUGCAUCCUAAGUUGUAAUUACUGGUUCCCAUAGUGUACACUUAGUUUUUGUGAUGUGUGUCGUUCUGCAAAUGCAGUUUUCAGGUAUCACUACAUUGUCCCUCUUCCUUCUGACAAGAAUAAGCAUUAUCAAGUGAGUAAAAGCUUGGGGCCAGGACACUGGCAUGAGUUAUGCUCCUAGUUGUGGGUCACAGCAGUAAUGCUGUUAGCAGAAGAUGCUUUCCUUGCGUAGCUUUAAGUUGGUAAGGCUUUUAAUAGGAUUUGCUUUAAUUAGGCCAAUCUCAGUUGUUUGCUUGCUUUUAAGGUUUGUUUCACUUGAUUUUUCUUGUUCUUGCCACUCAGUAAUGCAAGUCUCCCACCUGUUCUGAAAUAUUUAUGUAGUCUGCUGACUCCACACAGAUCCAGAAUUCACUUUGCAAGUGCUGUACCUUGUUUGUUGUUUCUUUUUUACUUUGUUGUAUUUAAAUGGCUUUGGAAACUAAUAACAGAAACGAAAGCAAGACAAAUGACACCACCAGCAACCCAAAAAACUUGUGUCAAAAGAAAGUGAAAAAGAAGAAAAAUGUGGAGUGCAAUGUGAUGAGAAAAAGGCUUUUGGAUUUGAGUUGUUACAAUUCUUCUGGUUUGUUACUUGAAUAUUUUGGACAAUUCGCUGUGCUUUUCUCUAGCACUAUUUGGUGGCAACGUUCUGAUGAAGAAGCUAUGCAAGAAGCCCAGUUGUGAAUUUGUUCAGUGCCUCCAGAGUGUGGUGCAGGUUCUGCAGAGGUAGUACCACUGAGUAGCUUUCUGUAGAUAUUUUACCACAGACCCUUCUGUUAGCAUCCCUGUUCACUAUGUGAUCUGUUACCUAAUUUUUAUUCGAUAAAUAUUUGCUCCUUUGCCUUUUAUGCAUUUUAAUAGCACAUUACUGUGUAUUACUGAACAGAAUGGUAAAGUUUAAAUAUUGACACAGUGGAUAAAAAGGAAAUAAGUUGGUUUUCCUAUAGAAUCCUUUAACAAACCUGUAAUAAAAUAAUUCCUCUGUAAUAAAGAAAAUACAGGUUUGGAAUCGAGAGGCAUGGGUGUUGCUGAGCAGAACACUUUGAGAUGAUGAAGAUUCCAUACAUAAUUCACCACGAGUUUUUGGAAAUACUUUUAUGUGGGGAAAAAAAUGCAAAACUACACUAGGAAGAAUUUAUGACUUAAACUUGAAAAUAAAAUUGGCUUAUCAAGUA